CAAAGAGCGAAGCUCAAGUGUGAUCUCAUCGCGCAGAGUCAUCUAGGAACGAGCGAAACAUCAGCUACGAGAUAACAAGGUUGAUUGCACCCGAAGGUCGAGAAUGGAAAACAGCAAAUUUACUACGCAGUCCGGCGCCUGCUCUGCUCGCCGAACAGUCCUGAUAAAUCGUAUCCAGCGAUAAAGUGCUCCGCGGCAAGAAACCGAGCUUUGUCAGAUCGUUGGGAAUAAAAAGAUUAAAAUUUUUCAAAACUCAUACACGAUGCAAUGGAUUGCUCUGAUCCUCAGCCUCCUCGCCGGAGUUAUUCCGUACUUGCUCUGGAGGAAAUGGAACAAGCUCGCAAGAAUGGGGAUCGAGCAUCCGACGGCUUGGCCGAUAAUCGGUAAUUCAGCGUCCGUUUUGUGUUUGCGGAGCCACUUCGUCGAUAUGAUCGAGAGCGUGUACAAGUUCAAGCAGGAAGCGGAUUACGUUGGAUUCUACGACUUCAGCGAGCCGACGAUCUUGAUCAGGUCGCCGGAACUGCUGAAAAGUAUAACCAUAAAAAACUUCGACCACUUUACGGACCACCGGAACUUCCUCGACCCAGAAUCGAACCCUCUCUUCAGCAAAAACCUGUUUGUUCUCCGCGGCGAAAAGUGGAAGGAAGUAAGAACCCUCCUGAGUCCAGCUUUCACGAGCAGCAAAAUGAAAAACAUGUACGGACUCAUGUCGGUCUGCGGGAAAAACUUCAUCAGUGAGCUCGUCGAUGCUUCCUUGGUUAAAUCGAAAGUAGUUGAUUCGAAAGAUAUUUUCACGAGGUUUGCGAACGACGUGAUAGCGACUUGCGCCUUUGGGAUCAGCAUCGACUCGAUGAAGAAUCCGGACAACGAAUUUUACGCUCUGGGAAAAGACGCGACGAAUUUGAGCGGUCUCCGAGGACUGAAACUCCUGGUGGCUCGGCUCUCGCCAAUACUCGCUAAAAUAUUCGGGAUAUCGUUGGUCUCCGCCAAGGUCGAAAUGUACUUUUCGAAGAUUGUGCGCGACGCGAUCGAGACGAGAGACAAACUGGGAAUCACGAGGCCCGACAUGCUCCAGUUGAUGAUGGAAUCGAGAGGGAAAAAAUCCAGCGAAAACCACCAGCGGGAUCUAACCAUCCAGGAAAUUACGGCUCAAGCGUUCAUUUUUUUCUUCGGUGGCUUCGAAUCCGUUGCCACGGCCAUGUGUUUGGUUGCCCAUGAAAUAGCCGUGAGUGUGGAAGCGCAGGCGAAAUUGCACCGGGAGAUAGACGACGUCUUGGCGAAGGGCGAUGUGACGUACGAGGCCAUCAACGGGAUGGAGUAUCUCGACGCCGUCGUCAGCGAGGCACUCAGACUCUACCCGAUCAAUCUAUUUCUGGAGAGAUUGUGCGUCAAGAGGUUCGAAUUACCUCCGGCUCUGCCGGGAGGCAAGCCGGUCACGAUCGAACCUGGUCAGAGCGUCUGGUAUCCAACUUUCUCGGUGCAACGGGACCCCAAGUAUUAUCCGAACCCAAAGAAAUUCGAUCCGGAAAGAUUCAUGGGCGAUGCCAAGUCGAAAAUCGACCCGCUGACGUACCUUCCCUUUGGAAUGGGACCGAGAAUGUGCAUCGCCAAUCGAUUCGCGCUCCUCGAAAUCAAAGUUCUGAUGUUUAACCUCCUAGCAAAGUGUCGCCUGAAGCCGCGCCCAGGAGCUCAAUCACCCAUCGAAUUCUCUAAAAAAGGCUUCAAUUUGAUACCUAAGGACGGUUUUUGGUUGGAAAUAGAACCGAGAAAUACUCCGAUCGACAAAUGAACCUACCUGCUUUUUACUCGACCUGUGUAUCCAAGUUAAAAAUAAAAUCAAAUUAUAUGUUUGAA